AAAGACCCGGCCCGGGAUUCCGACCCGGCAUGUUUAGGGUUCAGACGUUACCGUCUUACAGGGUGAUAUUUUCGGGUCGUGCAAACCCCAACCCCCUCUACCUCCCUGAAGUUGUGGACUAGUGUGCUAUAUUUCAUUUAUAUAGGCUUUUCCUGAUUGUUCUUCUCCAAAUGUGGGAUAGGAAUAUAGGAUAGAGGCCUAACCUCUUCAGGAGAGAGAAAGAUAGCUAGAAAAUGGAGAAAGCUUGGAAAUUGAUGGUAGUAAUCUGGGUAACUGUAUACCUGGUAACAGUGACAAUGGCGAGCGAGUCGCCUAAAUACUCUGUAAUCCACUCUGAAUCAGAUUUCGAAAUUAGGGUUUAUAAAGAAUCUACUUGGAUGUCUGCUCCCGUCGAUCACCUCUCCUUUCGUCAAGCUACCAAAUUGGGGUUCCACCGGUUGUUCCAAUACAUCCAAGGUGCGAAUCUGAACUCCUCUAGAAUCCCGAUGACAAAACCUGUGUUAACAAGCAUUGUCCCUGAAGCUGGACCUCUUCAUUCUUCAGCAUAUCUCGUUAACUUCUACUUACCCCUUAAGUUCCAAGGGACCCCACCACUUCCACUUCCCGAGCUCGACUUGAAACCAAUCUCAUGGCCAAGUCACUGUGUUGCAGUAAGGAAGUUUUCGGGAUUUGCAGGUGACAGUAAUGUUGUAACCGAGGCUGAUAAACUGGCUACCAGUUUGGGAAGAUCGCCAUGGGCUAACUCCGCCUUAGCUGACAGUAAAUAUGUCUACUCAAUUGCUCAGUACAGUUCUCCUUUCCAAAUCUUUGGGCGCGUUAAUGAAGUCUGGGUCAAUGUUGAUGGUUCAGAAUCGGAUAACUGUAUGUCAAGUGGAAUGGCUACAUACUGAAUAAACCUAUUUCAAGAAACAUAAUUCUGUAACUAUUUCAUGUUACUGGUGUAUAUUUUGUGUUGUCUGCAUUCUCCAUGUGUAUGAUAACAAAACAAAACUGUAUAAAAGAUGGCUGAAGUCAUGUUAUACAUCUUUAUCAAA